CGGAACAUUUUCUGGUGAUAUCUGUGUGACCAAAAAAAGUAUAAAAUGGGUGGAGCUCGUUCACUUUUUGAAAUGCAAUCAAACAACCGAACUCUCAACUUCACAUAAAAUCUGGUCGUUGGUGAAUUUUGUAGCAUUCUUCAUAGCUCACAUGGAUAAUUCUAAUCAAAAUACUCAAAUCCCCAAUAUAACUCUCACGCCACCUGGGGACAAAGGGGAUAAUUCUUGUAGAAACUGCUCAAAGCAUAGAGAAGAGUGUGUGAUCAGGCUGAGACAAAGACCGGGUCCAAAACCAAAAAAUGAUCAUGACUCUAAUUUUCAAGUAACCGAUGGAAUGCUACAGAACACCAACUUCCAACAACAAAGAAAUAAUAUUC